UAUAGGUUGAAAAUGUGGUUAAAGUUCAUCACAGUCGUUUUGGUUUUCUUAUUGACAAUUUUCUCAUGUGACACGUCUUUCAUGACAAGACGGAGUGCCUUUUCUAUUAAGUACAUGAACAUAACUGAAAGGAUUUCAAGUGUUGAGAAACCUUCAGUUCGAAAUCGAAAUCCACGAAUAUCAUUUUCAAAAACAUCAGACUUAACGCCGAUAGCUUCAAAUUUAUUUCGAUGUCCUAAGAACAAAACUGAUGUCGAUUGCGCAAACAAAACUUUCGAGUUUAAAAUGAAAGUUAUUCGUGAAUUGAGUAAAAGUUUGAACAGAAGGAGCGAAGAAAAUAUCUACAAUGUAGACUAUCAGAGCGAGACUAAUCAGAAGAAGAAACUUCCUAUAUGCAUGCUUCUUAAUAGCAAAAUCAAAUUAUUGCGCAAGAAAGACCCACCAUUCAACGUAAACAAAUUAGGUCAAUUAUUUCCCAAGCACAAGCUGUUCAGAAAGAGUAAAGGCAAGUCAUGCAUCAUUGUUUCUAGUGCUGGCAGUUUAACGGGGUCAGGCUUGGGAAACUUUAUAGAUUCUCAUGAUAUCGUCAUGCGAUUUAAUCAUGCACCAACUGAAGGAUACGAAACUGAUGUUGGAAAUAAAACAUCAAUAAGAAUUGUAAACUCACAGGUUGUUAGUAAAGCUGAGUUUAACUUUCUGGAAUCAAAAUUGUUUAAAAAUAUUUCCCUUGCUGCUUGGGAUCCUGGUAAAUUUAAUGAAACUCUCGAACAGUGGCAAGCGAAGCCAGACUUUGAUCUUUUCACGAAUUACCGAAAGUUUAUGGAAUCAAACCCAAAUGCAGAUUUUCAUUUAAUUGACCCGAGAUCUCUGUGGGAUUUAUGGAAAGUUCUUCAGCACUUCUCAAAUGACUCAAUUCCAAGGAAUCCACCAUCAUCUGGUUUCAUUGGUAUAGCAAUGAUGCUCCCAAUUUGUUCUUAUCUUGAUGUUGUCGAAUACAUCCCUUCGACUAGACUCAAUGGAAAAUGUCAUUACUAUAGUGAAGAGAUAAAUGUCCGAUGUACUUUUGGCGCUUGGCAUCCACUUGCUGCUGAAAAGCUAUUUUCGCUCCAUUUAAACUCUGCUAAUGACUUUACAGUCUUUCAGCUUGGCAUUAUUCGGAUCCGACCAAACUGGGAUGAUUGUUAG